AUGGAUGUCAUCAAUGUUACAUAUUUAAUACUAGAUGGACAUGUGAAUUUGGAGAACUACAGAUAUGUUUAUUUUUUAAUUUCUCUUGCUGCAUACAUCUCAACCAUUGUAUUUAAUGCUGUUGUCAUUUUUGUAAUAUUCAUGAACAAACAUUUACAUGAGCCCAUGUACAUUUUCAUUGCUGCUUUGCUUUGCAAUGCUCUGUUUGGAUCGACUGCUUUUUAUCCUAAACUGCUCACUGAUUUACUGUCUGAAAAACAAAUCACUUCUUACCAUGGGUGUGUAUUUCAGGCUUUAUUUGUUUAUUGGUAUGCUUCAUCAGAGUUUACUCUUUUAUCAGUUAUGGCCUAUGACAGAUACGUGUCCAUCUGUAAACCAUUACAUUAUACAACUCUUGUAAAAAUGUCCACUGUGAAAAAGCUCAUAUUUCUAUCAUGGUUUUUGCCUUGUUGUGAACUUAGUGUAGCUUUGAUAUUAAUAUAUCAACUUCAGCUUUGUAAAUUUAAACUGAACAGAAUAUAUUGUGAUAGUUACUCAAUUCUUAAAUUAAGUUGUAAAGAAAUAUCUGCAAACAGCUCCUAUGGACUUUUUGUUUUCAGCAUUGCUGUGUUUCCUCCAGUGACUUUUAUAUUCUACUCGUACAUCAGGAUAUUCUCUCUGUGUUUGAAGAAUUCUAAAGUCUUCAGGAAAAAAGCUCUACAGACCUGUUUACCGCAUCUUUUCAUUUUCUUCAAUUUUUCUGUGAACAUUUGUUUUGACAUUAUAAACAACAGGCUAGAAGCAAAUCAAAUUCCCCAUGUUAUUGCCAUGAUCCUGUCAGUAGAAUAUUUACUUAUUCCUCCUCUAUUCAACCCCAUAAUAUAUGGAUUAAAACUGCGGGAGAUUUUAAAAAGCAUCAAGAGUUUGAUUUUAUGGAAAAAAAGGACUGGAGUUGCUUUUUAG